AUGAAGUUUUCAAAUGCGAUUAGCUGGUCAUUGGUAGCAAGCACAGCAUUUGGAGGAAGUGACUCUUCUACUCCAACACCCGCUUCAAACUAUCCAGUGAUUCGCAAUGUUGAUGAACCAAAAACUGGCCUCUCCUACAAAGAAGAACAAUUCUGCCUCGAUAAUUUUUUGAGAAAACUAGAAAUCACAGGGGUGACUAUCGAUGACAAAUUGGUACCAUUGGUGAACCAGAACUUGGAUUACAUAUGGUCACCAAGGCAGAAGUCAGGAUUACCUGAAAUACGAUUCAAACCUGUAUUGGUUGUCAAUAUCAUUGGCGGGGAAUUGAGUACUGAACCAAGUUUUGAAACAAAAUCACUGCAAUCAUAUGUUGACUAUUGGUUCAAAGUGUAUUCGGAAUACAGAAAACCGUUAACUGAUGGCUUGAUUCAUUUUGGCUUGGAUAAUGGACUUGUGGAUCAUUUCAAGUAUUUUAAUGAGCAAAGAGACAAGAUCUGGCAACACCAUCAAGCCUGUUUAAAGCAACAAAUACUCAACUAUAGCCCUACUAAUGAAGAGAAAUUCAUGCACGAGUUAUCCUCAUUGGUUCAUUUGCUUGACCAUGUAAAGAGUGUGUCCAAAUACAGUGGAGGAAUAUUCAUCAUUCAGAUGACUUCCUUAGCGUCGAUCAAAAACAAGAUUGGAGCUGACUCUACUACGUACAAACAUGCUGUUGACUCACUAGAAGAAACACUUGCAUCACUAAAUGUUUAUUUCGAUAUCUUGGUGAUAGAAUCGCCAAACAUCAAGCCGCAAAAUCAUUUGCAAAAGAAAUCACAAAUGAUAUCAGCUGCUUCUACAUCUGCAUUCAAAUACGCCAGUAAGCAAGCAUGUGAAGUUGCCACUGAUAAAUGUUCAGCACAUGGCGAAUGCAAACAGAAUAAAGAUCAAUGGAGGUGUGUUUGUGAACCUAGCUUCAACAAAACAACAUCAAAAACUACCACUUGGGUUGGUUAUGAUUGCGGUAAAAAGGAUGUUUCUGUACCUGCUAAUUUGUUUCUUUGGACUACUAUUGCAUUAGUAUUGUCAUUAAUUGGGGGGAUUAAAUUGUUGGCAAGCGUUGGUUCAGAUCCUUUGCCUGGAGUAUUGGACGCUGCCACUCUACCAACCAAAAAGACCAUUUAA